GCGUCAUUUCCGGGUGGGCGGACUGCUGAUUCACAGAGGGGAAAGCAACGUUCGCACAUGAAAAAUAUAAAGAUGUUACUUUUAUAGACUCUGUUAACUCAACCGCAGUAUUUUCCGACAGGUUAUCAUGGUCCCUACAGACUUUAAAGCCCUAAUCCAGAGGUUUUAUCAUCUUCAGUCUGAGCGAGUAGAGACGUAUCAGCUCUUUGAAGAAGGACAUGAGGCCUACUUGAGGACAGGGCCUCAGUAUGACUUCGACCACUACAGACAGCUGGUCCAUGAGAUAACACAGGCCUUCUGCGGCAUCUCCAAGGAAGUGCUCGAGAUCAAGGGGAGGCUGCACCAUGAGUUUGAAAGGCCAGACCUCUCUGAGCACAUUGAAAAGCUGCAGAGCAAAGAGAAGCAGAAACUUGAACUGACAGCCAAGCUGCAGCUGGCCAGGCAGCGGGCCCAGGAUCACCCGGAGGACGAAGGCUGUCAAGAAAAGAUUCAGGAGAUCAAGCAGGAAAUCAUCAAGAACAAAGAGGCUCUGAGUGAGAUCAUGCAGGACUUUAAGUACGACUCAGAGGAGUGUGAUUGACAGGUGACUCCCUGGGGGCCUGCAGCCGCCCCCUCACAUCACCAGACAGCAGGGCUGACGGGUCAACUCGGCCCUGCUGCAACUUUCCAUCUUGGACUCCUCAGCUGCACUUAUUGAUCCCCCCCUCUGGCCCCACCCUGCUCACUGCUGCAGUUUUAUUCCUCCCAGGAGGCUUUUCACAUUCUGGCUGUGUAUGUGUGUAUGAGUGUGUGUAUGUGUGUGUGUUAGUGUUAAUGCAUGCCUCAGCAAAAAAAAAAAGAAAAAAUGCCUUUCUUGUAAUGAAAUUGAUGAAAUAUGUAAAUACUGAAGAAGUUAAAUAAUACUUAAAAGCUCAUACAUCUUUGUUUAAUAGAUACAUUAUAUUUUUAAUGAUAAAAACACUUUCCCAGAUAUUUUCUGUUCUUUACUGUUGGUUUAUACAGAUUUCAUACACAGUACUUUUCAGACUUAAUUACCACAAGUAAAGUAUAUAACUUAGACAAAAUCCACAUUCCUUAAAUAUACAGUUAUAAAAAUAUAUUGUAUCACAACGUCUGCUCAGAUACACAACAGUAUGUACACUUUACAGAUAGUGGGGCCUUAGUUUAUUGGGGAUUCAUAACUGAUCACUAAUUCUACAGUCUAGAAAUAUCUAAAUUUAACUACACUAAUGGUACAAAACACAUUUUUUUUUAAUGUUUGAUUACUGGCUUCAAGUAGCUCAUUUGUGACUUUACAAAUCCAUUUAGUUCUCACUGAACUGAUAGCUAACAGACUGACCAACAGUGACACGUGGAGAUAUUGAUACACUGUCAUAACGGCUAAAGCCCUCAUAACAAUGUAAAUUUCACAUUCAGAUUUGUUUGGAGAAUUGGAAAACUAUAAUACUGUUUGUUAACUACUGUUUUACAAAAAACAUUUCUUGACCUGCAAACAUAGAUACCCAUACUUGGUACUUAUUCCCCUCAUGUUACCGUCACUGAAAUACAUAAUAUUUUUUCUUGAGUAAUGCUUUAUUACAAUUUGACUUCAAAGUAGCAUUUAAGACUUGCUUAUCUUACAUUACAUUAAGUUAAUAAAACAUAUAUGAACUAUAAGUAUUUAUAUAUAUAGGAUAAAAGUGCAGUUACUGCGGGCCUAAAUGUAAGAGUUUGUGCAAAGACAGAUUUGGCGAGCGGAAAUGGCAGAAAAAGGCUGCAUUGUCUCACUUCAGUUGUCUUCCAGCCGGGCCCUUUAAACUCAAGGCUGAUGACCAAACACUGCAGUGUCCCUCGGCCGGGCCGUUGGACCUCUCGCACAGCUGGGACACUCGGAGCCAGUUAUCUGUCAGUGUUCCUUGAUGCUGUUCUUGAAUUAAACACCACAGUGGUGCUGAGCAGUGGUGCUAUGAAUUAUCGUCUUGUAGAAUCUGAAAAGACAAAAGAUUCAUACUGGGAUAAUUCAAUGGGAAAACCAUGAAAUUUAUAAUCAUCAGGAUAACUGCUCUGUCUGGCUUCUUUUUCUCCCCGUCUUUCUUUGCAUCGUCUCCUUUUUUUAUUCUCUGUGCAUCAUUCCCAGCCCCCUGCUACCUUUCUCUCAAGGUAAUCAAUGGGAACCUGUCACGCUUUGAGAACAAAGACAUUAUUCAGGCAACGGCGUGUGCCCUAUUAAGCCCAAAACGCCGGAGACUGCUGAGCUUAUUCAGUCAGGUAGAGUGAGGGUUUCUGUAAGUUCAAGGACUGAGCAGCAGAGGAUGUGGCUGAAGGAUCUGAACUCUUCACAAAGUCAUAUAAACACACAGAAGAUGCCGGAGUUCUGCGUGCCAUUUGGCCCGAGUUAUUUUUGUGAAAAUGCCAAGAGACAACAAAACACAAACAGAACACAUUACAGUGGGCUGUUAAUUGCAUUUACAUGUUCAUUUCUCUUUGUUGUGGUCAUCAGCUGAAGAUCAGACGUCUACAUCGUUAAAAUAUGUAAUAAAAUCAGAGUGCAUGACUGAGAGCAUAUCUACUUUUAUGCUCCCACUUCUGGGCCAGUAAAGCCAAAACCGCACAUUUUACCUGAUCAUAAAGUACAGACUGAAACUUCA